ACCAAGUAGGCGAGUGAGCAGUGCAACACAGUUUGUCACCUCAGUCUAAACUGUGUUUAGGUGUAAAAGUUGACCUGUCAGUUGACUUUUUUUCCUACUAAAAUGGAGUGUGCUUUUGAUAACCUGGAUGCAGCUGGUUUCCUGGAGAUCUGGCAGCACUUCGAUGCGGAUGAUAAUGGUUACAUUGAAGGCAAAGAGCUUGAUGAGUUUUUCCGCCACAUGAUGAAAAGGCUGGGUCCAGAGGAGAAAGUGACUGAAGAGAGAGUUCAGAAAACGAAGCAGAGGUUCAUGUCCGCCUACGAUGUCACUGCUGAUGGAAAACUACAGAUUCAGGAGUUGGCCAACAUGAUCCUGCCAGAGGACGAGAACUUCCUGUUAAUCUUCCGCAGAGAAGCUCCUCUGGACAACAGUGUUGACUUCAUGAAGAUAUGGAGGAGGUAUGAUGCUGACUGCAGUGGUUACAUAUCGGCUCAGGAGCUCAAGGCUUUCCUGAAAGACCUGUUCCAGCAACACCAUAAGGGAGUAUCACCGGACAAGCUGGAGGAGUACACAGAUACAAUGAUGAAAAUCUUUGACAAGAAUAAGGAUGGGCGUCUAGAUUUGAGUGAUUUGGCCAGAAUCUUGGCUUUAGAGGAGAACUUCCUGCUUCAGUUUGAGAUGGAUGCCUGCAGUAAAGAGGAGAGAAAGAGAGACUUUGAUAAGAUCUUUGACCAUUAUGAUGUUAGUAAGACAGGAGCACUGGAAGGUCCUGAGGUGGAUGGGUUUGUCAAAGAUAUGAUGGGACUCGUCAGGCCCAAUCUCACUGGUCCAGACCUGGAUAAACUACGAGCGGUCAUGCUGCGUCACUGUGAUGUCAACAAGGACGGAAAGAUCCAGAGAAAUGAGCUAGCUCUGUGUCUGGGAGUCAAGCCCAAACCUUAGUUUAAAACUCCUAUGAUACUGUUCUGAAACCCAGACUGUAUUUGUUGUAUGGUCACUGGCCUGUAGCAGAAUGAAUGUAGAGGAGUGUGUUGUAAUGCAGAUCUGAUCGCUGAGUUCAAGGUUAUUAUUCAUAAAGUGUUAUUUAAUCCUGAAUAUAAUAAAAAACAAGCUGAUACUGUGUUAAUGGAAAGAUGUAAUCACUGCUACUUUGAAGUGACUGUUUCUUGUGCAUGCUGUAAAAGAUGAUAACGGAACAUGAGAGUUUGUUUAAUAGCAUUUUGUUAAUCAAUUGUAACCUGGUUAACUUGCAGGUGUAGCUCCUGACAAAUUACGGUAUUGACAUGAUUUAAAUUUUGUCCUCCUCAAUUACCACUUUUAAGUGAGAUGCAUUAGCCAUCACUGAGUUUUGGCCGCAUACAUGUUUCUCUCCCAAAAAAAGAGAGUUAAAUGUCAUUUGUUAUAAUGUGCUGUUAAGAAAAUAAACCUAUUAGCAUAUUGA